AUGCGGGUCCGCCGGCCAGGGCAUACAACACACUCGCCCAGACACACAUACGCCCUGGCAACCGGACACUCCAGACAAGCCAGACCGCCAAACAGUAUCUGGCUCAUAGGCCGAAACGCACAGACAGUCACAGGCCUGCAGACGGUUGUGUGCACACACACAAGCGCACAGGCAGACAAAGACAUACGCCCUCCCUGUGGGCCUCGGAGACAGGUUGUAUGUUCACCCGGUUUCGGUGCCAACAGCCGCAGAAAGUGUGAAAGCUACGGCGACCGGCCACAACUUUGGCCGGCCAACCUUGACAUAAUGUGA